AGGAAACUUUGUGCGCUGCACCUUUACGUUCUUUUUGAAUUUGUAUUUUGAAAGCUACCUGAAAAUGGAUAUGGACACCACAAAAAUAAUCCGAUGGCUGGCCUUACUGUCACUAUGCAUAUCUGCAUGCAGCACAACAGUGAAUCUGUCGUGCCACACGUAUCCUACACCAGAAUUUAGGGACAAGUGUAUAGAAUGUUCUGGUAUGCAGGUGAAGGCUGUGCCGAAACUACUGCCCAGUAACCUGGAGUUGCUACUAAUGACUGGUACAGCCAUCACGUUUGUGGACAACAGAACCUUUGAGAGGUCCCAAUUGCCGGAGCUAAAGUUCCUGUACAUGACUGCUGGUGUGCUGACCGGUGUCGGGGCCCACGCCUUCUGCUCCUUGCCGGCCCUGAGAAUGCUCUACUUGGACAACAACCGGUUGGAGAUUCUAAAUGAACUGAGUUUCAGCUGCAACCAGAAUUUAACAUUUGUAAGCCUGCAGAACAAUCGCAGCCUUUUCAAGUUGCCACGUCUCUUUAGCCCUUCAGUGGAAACGCUGAUGCUAGAAAACUGCAGCCUAACGAGCAUCGACGUUGCUACCGUGGAGGGUAUGACCGCCCUCAAGGUUCUGUCUUUGACUGGAAAUCGAGGUCUCCAAUGCGACUUCGUGAAAGCGCAGUUUAAGCAAGCUCGACCGGAUCUACAGGUCAUCUGCGAAGAUUCCGCUGGAGAUACCCUUUCCUCUGUUUUCCCUAGUGACGAAGAAAGAACUUCAGAAAAGUCACUCUACGAGCCACAUUCCACCAUCAAUAAUACGAAGAGUAUCAUUGAUGACGAAAAAACCACUUCGGAAAAAUCAUUCACAGAGUCAGAUUUCACCAUCAAAAAUACGAAGAACAUCACUGGUGACGAAAAACACACUUCAGAACAAUCACUCACAGAGUCAGAUUUCACCAUCAAUACGAAGAACAUCACUGAUGACGAAAAACACAAUUCAGAAAAAUCACUCACAGAGUCAGAUUCGGCUAUCGGGAAAACGAUAAAAGAUAACACUGACGAUAUAAAACGCAAUGAGUCAGAUAUCGACAGGAAGAACAAGGAAAAAGAUACCAAUGCGAAUACUGCAUUUGGUAAUUCGCUAAAACCGGUUAUUGUAAUAAUUAUCACAAUUAUUGUAAUACCUAUAAUUAUUUUAGUUGUGUUCUGUGUAUACAGGUAUAGAAACAGGCAUAGAAACUCUGUGCAAAAAUCACAAUCAGAUGACCCUUCUGAACAACCCUUGAAUGAAAUCGCAUAGGGAACCUGCCUGUUGUGUAUCGAUGCAACGUGCCCACGAGAAGGUGCAGCAGAGACUAGACACUCGCUGCAGGCAAGAACCUAUAAACACAGAAAACUGUCACCAGUCACGUUUUUUAAAUAUUUAUUUAUUCUUAUAAUCUAGUUUUUGAAGCUUUUGAAGCUAACCUUCAGAUGAGACAC